AUGUUUCUUUUAGGGAAUAACUGUUUGAACUUUUGUAACUGUGACUUUUAAAUUUAGUGAAAGUUUGUCCGCUCAGCCUAAACACAUCGUUUGCUGUUCUUUGGAGGUGAAACUUCCAGCCCCAAGUAUGGAUCUGUGUUUAUCUUCUCUGCUAGGUCGAUCCAAUUUUACAUUUCAAUUUCACAGUUUUGACCGUUUAGUUCAAUUUAAGCCUAACGGCAGAUAAGCUGUUCCCUUUCCAGUACAACAUGACACACCUUCACAUUCUCUGAGAAUUUCCCAGGUGUUCAGUCGCCCUAAAUAUUUUAGGCCUUGCUAAAAGUUUCCCGUCCCUUCAACUUUUUCAUGUUUUGUCACGUUACAGCCUCAAACUUCAACGUUGCGACUCUACGGGAUAGACAAAGUUUCACAAAACCAUGACUUGGAAUGAAAAUAAUGUGUUUUAAAUCACUCUGAAUAGUUAUUUUAAUUUUAUUUCAGUUGUGACUUCAGAUUUUCAAUUCUGUGUUCGUCUUUAUUAAUUUUAACCAGCUGUUUUAUUUUUUAUUUAUUUUUUUUUUGAGAAUGCUUAGUUUCAGUUUAGUUUUUAUUAGUUUCCGUUAUAGUUUGGUUUUUGUCUGUUGCAUAACAGGGGUAAGGCAGAAAGUAAAUUUAGUUUUUGGAUAGAAAGAUCUUUUAAAAAAACAAAACAUUUUAAAGUAAUUUAAAGAAAAUGUGUUAAUUUAGUGCAAAUGGACGACCAUGCAUACCAGUCAAUUAUGAAAGAUGUAUAGCAGAGUAACUUUUAAAAAUCCAGCAAUAUUUUUAUCUGUUAACAAAAAUGUUUUUCUUCUAAUUUUGUGUUAUUUUUAGUUUUAACGAUAACCUUGCACCUUCAGUAAACUAUCUGGAAAUGGAGAGUUAUGUGCCUAAUUUGGAUAUUUAUUGACUGAGUUGUGCACGAGUUGCAGUUUGUUCUAACAUGCGUUGUGUUUAUGUUAAAGAGUGAAGGUCAACAAGAAGAGAUUUGCUCAGAGCAGAGCUAUGUGUUGUUGCACGCAUCCAGGAAGACCUUCAGCAAUGUGAAGGUCAGCAUCUCAGCCCAGUGGACGCCGUCCACCCAUAACGACAGCGUUCCUGCGUUCUGUCCGGUCGAGACAUGGGAGGAUAAUCACCUGUUUGCUGACGAAAAGCAGGCCACGCUGUUUUUGGGAGCUCUGGACUCGAUCUUCCUCUUCUCGUAUGCGGUGGGUCUGUAUCUGAGCGGCAUCAUCGGGGACAGAGUCAACCUGCGCUACGUGCUCUGCUUCGGCCUGUGCGGAUCCGCCGUGGUGGAAUUCCUCUUUGGCACCCUGACCGAAUGGCUCCACGUCUACAACAUCUACCUGUACUGCAGCCUGUGGGUGCUGAACGGCCUGCUGCAGUCGGCCGUCUGGCCCUGCGUGGUGGCCGUCAUGGGCAACUGGUUCGGCAAAGCGGGGCGCGGCUUUGUGUUUGGACUGUGGAGUGCCUGCGCCUCAGUGGGGAACAUACUGGGUGCCUUCCUGGCCUCAAGUGUGCUCAAGUACGGAUACGAGUACGCCUUCCUGGUGACUUCUGUGGUACAGUUUGCUGGCGGGGUGGUGGUGUUCUUUGGCCUCCUGACCUCGCCGAAAGAAGUCGGUUUGCACUUGGAAUCAGAAACCGGACUGAGCCCGGUGGAGACGGACACGGACAGCCACAGACCGCUGAUGAGUGACGAGGAGGAUGAUGAGCAGGAGGUGGAGACGUACAGCCAACGAUGCCGCACGGAUCAGCCACCGGAGGAGCCUGAGGACGAGCCUCCUUACGCCAUUGGCUUUUUCCAGGCGUUCUGCCUUCCUGGAGUCCUGCUGUACUCCUUGGCGUACGCGUGCCUGAAGCUGGUCAACUACUCCUUCUUCUUCUGGCUGCCGUUCUACCUGAGCAACAACUAUGGGUGGAAGGAGGCCGAGGCCGACAGGCUGUCCGUAUGGUACGACGUCGGCGGAAUCGUGGGGGGAACCCUUCAAGGUCUGAUCUCUGACUUCAUGGGGAAGAGAGCGCCUGUGUUGGUUUUCAGCCUCGUAAUGGCAAUGGGCUCCCUGGUGGGAUAUAGCCGCUCUCCUAAUGACAAGGUGAUCAACGCAGUGAUCCUGGCGAUCACUGGCUUCUUCAUCGGCGGUCCGUCCAACAUGAUCAGCUCGGCCAUUUCUGCAGAUCUGGGGAGACAGGACAUUUUGAGGGGCAGCCAGGAGGCCCUGGCAACCGUCACCGGGAUAGUGGAUGGAACCGGGAGUAUAGGAGCUGCUGUAGGACAGUACCUGGUGUCGCUAAUUGAGAGCAGACUGGGCUGGAUGAGUGUUUUCUACUUCUUCGUCGUCAUGACAGGGGGCAGCGUUGUCUUCAUCGUGCCGUUGCUUGUAAGAGAACUGCGGGACAUGUGGAGAGAGAGGCAAGCUCUGCGCCACCAGCUCUGAGAGCCCGACCGCCGGCUCCGGUUCUGCUCAUUAGGACUGCUCCAGGAUCCAGAAGGUUCGCUGUCGGCCAGAACAGAAACACUAAAACGUACUGUAAGACUUCACUGAGCUCAAUACGGGGCGGGGGGUUUAGCUGAAGUGCCUGAGGAGUAUAGAGGGAUUUGGCCUGAGCCACACUGGUGUACAUAUUUUAACAUUGUAAAUUAAUGUAAAUACUUCUUUUUCCUUACGCACUUCAGUUGAUACGAGUCUUAAAUCAGGAAUGUAAACGUGAAGACCUGAGGUUAAAACAAAGAAUGUGAAUAGUGAUUGUAGUUUUGUAAUCUUGCACUCGGAUUCAAUCGGUCUGAAAAUUUUUCAGUGAACCACUUUAAUCUUCAUCUUUGUUUACAAUCGGGGUGAAAAAUGAUCCUGUAAAUGUGGGGACCGGUUCCAUCGUUCGCUCACGCCACCGACACGUUUUGUAUUCACUUUCUUUUCUCAGAAAUGUUUACAAUUUUGUUUUCAGUUUCUUAAUUUGUGACUAACUCGCACUCUUUAAAUGUGGCGCGGCAUGUUUUGUAGGUUUAAACUCACAGCGGCCUCCACAUUCAUCUGAGCCCUCAUAAAAAAAAAAAAAACCCUAAAAGAAAUUUAUCUUUUUGUUCUGUAGCACAAACUUGCACCAUAAAAAGAUGCUUUAACUCUCAGUGAGGGUUGGGUAUAUUCCCCUCCAUCUUGGCUAAUCUUAAAAUCUUUUAUUGGCUUUUUACAAAGCCAAUAAAAGUAUUGAAAGCAACAAGCUGUUCUUUAACGAAUCACCCAGAUUAAAACAAUCUAAUUUUAGAGGUUUUUUUUUUUUUUGGUUUUUAAUGGAGUUAAUUUGAGUGGGGAAAACUUGAAAAAGAAGUAAAACGAUACUUUUUUCAGAAUCGGAAGCUAAUUUUAGCAUUUGGCUACAUGGCCUCUGGAGCAUCCAGCUUAAUAAAACUCCACUAUGUAGAUGUUUGGUGCCUAAAUGUUUUAGAAAAAUAGGAAAAAUUUAUAAACCAAUUUUUAUAUUUCAAUAAAGAUUUCCGUAUAAAUUUGGGUCCUCAUCCUAAUUUAUCAUAGUUCUGAUUGUUUUCAAUAUUUUUAAUUAUUGGAGGUAUGGAGAUAUUGGAGGUGAAGAUGAUCAAGGCUUUUGCUAUUUUAUGAUCUUACUUUAUAAGACUGAAGAUCCUCUGUGUCAUCAAAAAAUGGACAAAUUAGAAACUCCUCAAAUUUAAGUAUUCAUUUCUUUUUUUUUUUUUUUUUUUAAUAUGUGGUUAAAUUGUAUAUAUAUUGUAUUUCAAUCCAAAUACAUUUUGUCAAGACCCACUAAGCCGUUUUAAUUCUUGGUGAGAAAACAAAUCUGUUUGUGCACCAAAUAAAACUUGUUUUAUUAUGAAAACAAAUGUUCUUUUUUUAGAUUAACAUUUUUGCCAGGAUAAAAGUCUUUAUCUCAUAGAAUGAGGCCAUUCGAGUCUUUUCUAAAUAUAAAAACUGUAGAAAAGCAGUCGGCUGCUUAAAAAUACAGGAUAAGCUUGAAAUUGAAUUUCUACAACAGAAUGAAACUAACAGUAAAAUUAUUUUAGUUUUUGUUCUGUCAUUAGGUUGAAAACUGUUUUCCACAAAUGUCGGCGUAACAUGGGGGUGGGACAUUUUUCCUUAACUACUUAUUUAAAAUUAAUUACUUCGAAAGUAAUUAAUCAGUAAGUAAUUAUCCAGUGUUACUGCAGAGAAAAUUAGCUGUAACAUUUUCUGUAUCAUUUGAUCAGGGAUGUAAAUAAAUGUGAAGAGAGCUGCAUCUUUUCCAGGCUGUGCCAUAGACUUUACAUUUAUUUUAGGCUAACUGUAAAAUCGAACCUUUACAGCCACUGCAACCAAAAUAUUCAGCUUUGCCAGUUUACCAACUUCUUUUCAUGACUAGAAGUAGAUAUCUUUUGUUAAAAUGAUUUAUUUAUUUUUUUUAGUUGCAUUAAUUUUAAUACCAUUUAAUAUCAGGACAUUAUAUAUUCAACCAUAACUCUGUUCAUGGAAGGAGCCAAACACAUGUAAUAGAUUGUAAAAUGAUUAGGUGUGAAAUUUCUCUUGUGUUUUUAAUGGUUUCUUUUAUGUGCAUCUUUUAACUGUAACUUCUACUUCUGUUUGAAAUAAAUGCAAAGUCGCCUUCAAGCUACAAGCAGUUUUGCGUCAGAUCCACUAGGGGGCGCAAGUAAAACUUCAAAUUCCACCUUUUCACUUUGGAUUCUCUCGUAGCCAGUCAUGUGAGAUCUACAGCAGUGUGAUUUCUCUUUAUAUUUAUUUAUUGAUGAAACAAACCAAAUGAAAUGUGUUAUGAAAAGCGGGAGAGCAACAAUACAAAUAUCAUCCAAAAAGAUGGUGAUACAAAGAUGCAUAAACCAGCAUUAAAUUACAGUAGAAUUAUUACAAAAUGGUGUACAAAUAUCUUACAUUCAUGCAUGUACAAAAUAAAAUAAACACUUUUGCUAAAGCUGCAAAAUAAUAGUUUGCAA